UUCUUCGCCACGCUGCUGCUGCUGCUGCUGCUGCCGCCGAGACGAUAGUUUCAAAAGGCAUGGCCCACCACGUCAUCAGGUGGGAUCCGACCUGGCUAUCCGCUGCCCUCUUGCCUUGGAAACGGAAGAAUGCAUCGAUCUUGAGGCAAUUAUCAGUGAUUUAUGCCCGUCCGUCCAUUGUCCUUGUCUUUUGCUAGCGGAUCUAGAGACGCAGCGGGUCGGAUCAGCGCGUAAACCCGUUUGUGAUUCGUUAAUCCUCGUGUUCCCUUGCUUUUAUAUUCCAACGUUUUGGCUCGAUUCUCUAAACUAGAGAUUCAAAACACACACACACACACAUCCACACUUCUUCUUCUCUUGUGGCUUUUUUUGUUUGUGGUUGGUCUUUUGGUUGGUUUUAUGAUGGCGCAAAGGCAUCUUCGGCAGCUGUUGAGAGAGAAGCAGGAACCGUUCGUUCUCCAGAGCUUCAUUGAAGAGCGGCGUGGCCAGCUCCGGCAGAGCUCAGUGCUGAACAAACAAGUUUUGUUCUCUAAAAAUCCCACAUUUUCUUCAAAUCCAUCACAAAGUCCCUCCUUUACACCAACUCAUACAAAGAGAUCUCCUGUUUUCGAUUUAGACGUGAAGUGUCCGUCUUUUGGGUUAAAACCAGUGGCUUACUUGAUACUUGAUGCUGCUCUGAGAGUUGAGGAGAAGCAGAGCAAGAGCAGGCGUGGAAACUCCAUUAAAGGUCUCAGCUUUGGGUUCUUUGGGUCAAUUUUGAAGAGAUUAGCGUUGCGGAAACGGGGACGUGAGAUUGACGGGGAAGAGAUGAAGGUAUCGGUGAAGGAUAUAUUAGGAUGGGAUUCCUCUUAUCCGAGAAUUCGCCGGAGAAAAUUUCAAGUUGCUAACCGCCCAGGUUACUCUAGCUUUCGAGGCAAAGUUGAUGAACUGGAGAAGAACGUGUUCAGAGCAAUGACAUCUAGUAAUCUUCAAGGACGAUGUUCGUUGGUCGACGUGAAGGACAUGCUUUGCUUGACCAGUUCACCGGAGUGCUCUCCGGGAAGCCGGAAAACAGAGGUGUUUGGUGGCACGAGGCCAGAGAGGAAAGAGCAGAGUGAGGUGGAGCAUGAGGAGAAAGAGCCACAGUUGAGCCCUGUCUCCGUGUUGGACCCCAGCUUUGCUGAGGAGGAUGAAGAGGACCACAGCCCUGAGUGCUCUAAUGCAGAAAGUACGAGACAGGCUGGCAGGCUUGAAAGGUUGGCUGCCAGUUUACUUCCCAUAGAGCUGGACCAGCUUUUGGCAUUGGAACAAGAUGAUGAGAUUGAGGAUAUGAAGCUCAUUGCAGACAUAACUGAUGAAGAGAGACAGUUUCUGUUAUUGAAAUCCUGCAAAUUGGAUGAAAGAGGAUUGUUGGAGAGAGUGUGUAAGAGAUUUGAGGCAUGGAAGGAAGCUGGGCAUUGCACUAUUGACAUGAUGGUGGAGUUGGAUUUUGGACUUGAUAGUGCAAUGUGGAAGAGGUGUGAGGAACAGAUGCCUGAGAUUGCAACUGGGAUUGAGAUUUCUAUUUUUGACUUGUUAGUCUAUGAGCUCUUUGACGAACUUGUUUUCUGAUUUAAUUUUAUGUACAUUUAUCAUUUAUGCGCCACGUUUAGCUGUUUUUUUUUUCCUUGUAGUGAAGGAUGGUGAGGACACCUUGUUUUCUCAUCUCUUAUGAUAUCUUUAUUGUAUUUCUUUUU